AUGCUUGAAAUACCAUUGCUGGGUAGAUUUUUGGACUCGACUUCUUCUAACGGCUUAGACGAUUUGGUGGAUCGGGCUCAUUCUGAGUUUACUGUAUGGAUAUUAGUCUUGUUUGCAAUGUUUGUCGGAGGUAAACAGCACUUUGGUCAGCCGAUUCAGUGUAUGCUGCCUGGACAUAUGGAUCCUUCAAAAAAUGUUUCACGUAAGGAUUCCCUUCCAGGUUGGAGUUCUUAUGGACAAGAUUACUGCUUUGUUACCAAUACUUAUCGGUUACCUACCAACAGCACUGUGCCGAACGCUGCUGUACGUUCACAGCUCAAGAAGGAGGAAGGAGUGACCCUCACUUACUAUCAGUUACUGAAUUUUUUCAAGUGGGUUCCUUACUUUCUGGUUAUUCAAGCAUUCUGCUUCUAUCUUCCGAAUUGGAUCUGGCGUCUCCUUCAGUCAUACAGUUAUGUAGACAUGCAGGCCGUAGUUAGCGAGGCUACAGCAAUACGUGGUGAAAUGAAAGUAGAGAAACGACGGGAAAGGGUUUCAAAACUGGUCGACUUUUUAUUUGCUUCUCUCACACUUCAUGUAGGCUUGCGGGAGAAGGAACGUUGGCCUGCAUAUUGGACGGUUAUUUACCUUUUUUCAAAAGUGUUAGGGAUUAUAAAUGAUAUCGGUCAAUUGUACUUGAUUGCAUACUUUCUUGGAAUAAAGAAUGUUGAUUGGGCAUUACAUCCGUUUUUGCUGUCUCAAAGGGUUUCGCGAGAAGGUUAUAACUUUACUGCAAGUCACUUUCCUCGAGUAACAUUUUGCGACUUUUAUAAGAGCGAGCAGGGCAGGGUUCAGUCAUAUACUUUCCAGUGCGUUGUGAUGUUAAACGUUAUCAAUGAGAAAAUAUUCUUAUUUCUUUUUUACUGGAUUGUGGUCCUUAUUGUGAUUUCAAUUGGGAAUGUCAUUUUUGUGGUAGUAAAGGUAUUUUUCCAUCGAAAGACGUCGUUAAAGUUUUACAUCCAGAGUGCUGGUGAUAAUGAGCACGACUUUUAUUUAAACACUGAUAAAGUACAGCUGAUCGAGUUUGUGAAUAAUGUUUUCCAAUAUGACGGUAUCUUGCUUCUACACUUCUUGAACUCACAUGCAGGUGCUAUUGUGACUCGUGAUAUUGUUAAUGGUCUUUGGAGGCUAUUUACUAGUAAUUUCAUGGCAGCGAAGUCAUUUGGGCCGAAUAAUGUUCAGCCACCAAGUAGUGCGAGUGCUUUGAAAACGAAAGACCAGAAGGACAUUCCUUACAUAAACAGUAAAACUUCAACUUUUUCCUAA